AUGCAUGGUGCUGUGCUCACUGGAGUAGCCGUCUGUAUUUGGGGGGGGGUGAAAUGUUUGGUACUAACAGGUUCUGUCUCUACAGUGCACGAGCGCAUCGUUGGAGGAAGUGACGCAAAUAUUGAUGAUUAUCCCUGGCAAGUGAACGUGAGGUACAACAGCGAAUCGGCAUGUGGAGGCUCCAUAAUCUCCUCUCAGUGGAUUCUGACGGCGUGCCAUUGUUUCCCUGAGGAGCACGCCCUGGCAGAUUAUGAAGCCAUCUUUGGAACCACCUCCCUGAUUCAAACAGAUCCCAACACCCAGACUGUGCUGUUUGAAGCCGUGUACAAGAACCCGACGUACAGUGCAGAUGCCCACGUUGGAGACAUUGCCGUGGUCAAACUUAAAACCCCUCUGACCUUGACAACUGGUGUGGGCACCAUCAGCUUAUUGGCUGCCAGCGUCCAGAUCCCGCCUGGACUGAUAUGUUCUGUCACCGGAUGGGGCAACAUCAAUCAAGGAGUUGCUCUUCCCAUCCCCAGAACCCUGCAAGUGGGAAGAGUGCAAGUCAUCAGUUCCAGGACCUGCAACUGUCUGCAUAAGAUUGACGCCAGCAGCGACUACCACAUAACCAUCCAAUCAGACAUGAUCUGUGCGGGGUACAAAGAGGGCACUGUGGAUGCCUGCCAGGGUGACUCGGGGGGACCCCUUGCUUGUUAUAUCAACAAUAAAUGGUACCAGGUUGGCGUGGUCAGCUGGGGAGACCAGUGUGGUGCGAAGAACAGACCCGGAGUCUAUACACUGCCCAGCGCCCACAUCGACUGGAUUAAAAGUCUGGUGACCGACUGCCAAGUAGAUUCCAUCACCAUAGACCAGGCUCCCAUCCCAGACAACGAGAACGGCUGCCAGGCAGCAGAUGGGGCCAUUUACCCCUACCCCAACAGGGGGACCGCUAUCCUGGUGACAUUCAUCACCCUGCCGCUGUACUGGCUGAGUGCCUAUCUGCUGACCAAUUUGUAG